CCAGACCGAGAGGGAGGGGCAUGAGAGGAGAAGCACAAACUUGGGGAGGCAGAGGGAGAUUGAGAAACAGAGGAAGGGAGAGGGAGAGAGAGAAGGAAGGAGAGAGACACAGAAACUGGAGUCAAACAGAAAGAUACAGGUUUUGACUUUAAAAAGGCAGCAAGGUAAAUGUGAAGCCCUUUCCACUAGAGAUAACCCCAGAGCAGCCUAACAGGUUCAGAUCGAUGCCAACAGCAUAAGACUUCGAAGCUCUGGACACGCCCAGCAGAGGAUUGAAAUGUCAGAUCCCAAAACUGAGGUCAAGAUGAACAGUAAGCCUGCAUCUAAAAGUCAAGCUGAGCCAGUCCAGAAGAGGUUCUGUUCCAAUCUAUUUCUCAGCAUCAAGUUCUUCGUACUCUGCCACAGCCUGCUGCAGCUGGCCCAGCUCAUGAUUUCAGGCUACCUGAAGAGCUCCAUCUCUACCAUAGAGAAACGCUUUGGCCUGUCCAGUCAGACCUCAGGGCUCCUGGCUGCCUUCAAUGAGGUGGGGAACACAGCCCUCAUCGUAUUCGUGAGCUACUUUGGGAGCCGGGUCCACCGGCCCCGUCUGAUUGGCCUUGGAGCUCUUCUAGUCGCGGUGGCAGGGCUCCUCAUGAGCCUUCCCCACUUCAUCGCUGAGCCCUAUCGUUAUGACCACGUUGACAUUGACCUGCCUCAGGAUUCUGCUUCUUCCUUAUGCUUGCUGCCGCAGGCCCCAGCACUGGCCCUGGCCUCUGCCUCAGUCUCAACCCCAAACAAUAGCAGCUGUGCCUCACACUCGGAGGGCCCACAGAUGGCGGUGGUGGGGCUCAUGUUCCUGGCACAGACCCUGCUUGGUGUGGCUGCCGUGCCCAUCCAGCCCUUUGGAAUCUCCUACAUCGAUGACUUUGCUCACCCCAGCAACUCUCCCUUCUACUUAGGGAUCCUGUUUGCUGUGACUCUCAUUGGACCAGGGUUGGCCUAUGGGCUUGGAGGCCUCAUGCUGAGGUUUUAUGUGGAUAUUGAUCGGAUGCCCGAAGGAGGCAUCUCCCUGACUCCAAAGGACCCACGCUGGGUGGGUGCCUGGUGGCUGGGCUUCUUGGUCUCUGCUGGUGCUGUGACCUUGACUGCUCUCCCUUAUUUCUUCUUUCCCCGGGAGAUGCCAAAGGAGGAGCAGGAGCUUGGUUUCCGGAAACGGGUCUUACCUUCGCUGGAUGACAAAGGAGAGAGCUCUCUCAUCAAGCAGGGAGCAGGUAACUGUCCUGACAAAGAGAAGGAUGGAGAGGCCCAAAUUGCCCCAAACCUCACUGUGAUACAGUUCAUCAAAAUCUUCCCCCAAGUGCUGCUACGGAAUCUGCGCCACCCCAUCUUCCUCCUGGUGGUCCUGGCCCAGGUCAGCAUGUGCUCCAUGGUGGCUGGGAUGGCCACCUUUCUGCCCAAAUUCCUGGAGCGCCAGUUCUCUGUCACCGCCUCCUUUGCCAACCUGCUCAUCGGUAGUAUCAGCAUCCCUGCAGCCAUAGUGGGCAUCGUGACUGGGGGGGUCCUGGUUCAGCGCCUCCACUUGGGCCCCAAACACUGUGCGACUGUUGGUAUCCUAGGGGCCCUCACCUGUCUGCUGUUUGGUCUGCCGCUCUUCUUCAUGGGCUGUCCCACCCACCGUAUCGCCAAUGUCUAUGGCCCCAGCACUUUUCCUGAAAAUGGGGACUUCCUAAACUGUACGCAGCUGUGUUCCUGCUCCAAGAGUGACUUCAACCCUGUGUGUGACACCAAGAGCCACACUGAGUAUGUCACUCCCUGUCAGGCUGGCUGCACAGGGCUGCAGGGUGAUCCAGGUCCAGGUCAAGGCUCAGUUAUCUACACCAACUGCAGCUGCCUCCUUUCAGGAAUUAAGGACAGUUCAGUCACCUCUGGUUCCUGUGAAUCAUCUUGUAGUCAUCUAGUGCUUCCCUUUGUCCUCCUCAUCAGUCUUGGAGGGGCUGUGGCCAGUGUUACUCACACACCUGCCUUCAUGCUCAUCCUGAGGGGGGUGAAGAAUGAAGAUAAGUCUUUGGCUGUUGGAAUCCAGUUCAUGUUGCUGAGAGUUUUAGCCUGGAUGCCCAGCCCUGUGCUCCAUGGCACUGCCAUUGACACUGCCUGUGUCUUCUGGGCUGAUACCUGUGGGAUGCAGUCCCUCUGUCGAUACUAUGACCAUGAUCUUCUCAGGCAUCGGUUCAUCGGGCUUCAGUUCUUCUUCAAGCUGGGCACACUGGUCUGCUUCAUCCUGGUGUUCAUCAUCCUACGACAGCAGGAGAAGGAGGCUGCUAACUCUAGGUCCCAUCACGGCCCUGUUUCCCAGGAGGAGAAGUUGGUCCUCAGCUCAGAGAAGAGAUCUGGGGAAUCCAAAGUGUGAGCCAGCUGCCCCAGGCCCGGCCUGCCUCCCUCCUCCAUUCUGGAGGGGGCAAAUGACCCUACCGAUGAUGAGGAGAAGGAGUAAUAUCUGCAACAAAUAUAGCCUUUGUUGGAGUCCUCUGCUAGGGGAUGGUGUGGAGGCUAUGUCUAAGUGAAAGGGACAAAUGAAGACUGGUCAUCUGGGAUUUUGUCCCCAAAGAGCCAUUUGGGAACUGGAAGACACUGUCAGAUGCUGUCAAUACUCUCACUUUCUUGUAGUGAGAAAGCCUCAGAUGGACAGCCUUAGUCAGUACAGGGCCAGAGGUCAUCAAAAGGCAAUCCCCAUUAUUAUCUGACCAUCCUGCUUGCUUUCAAUGUUGGCUCAUCUCUACUACUCACAGAUAGAGACCAAAUGGAUUCUUUCUCCAGUGAUCUCAGCUCUUCUAGAAACAAAGAGACAAGAGGACCCACCCCCAGGAUCACCACACGAAUUCACAAAUGGGGAAAUAGAGGGACAGGAUUCCAAGCUCACCAUAAGUAUGGGAGCUUCCCUGUUCCUGGACCUCGUCCCAACCUGUUACCUAGGAAAUACAUGUCAAGGAUCCUGUGCAAUCAUCCCCAGGAAUGAAUUGGCUGAUCUUUGAUGAUACUAACAUCAGGGAUUGACUGUCUCUUGUAUACUCUGACUCACUUUUUAUACCCUUCCUUUAAUCAUUUUUAGAGCAGAGACUGAGAACAACUAGCCUCAGAUUCCUUUGCCUAAGCUCCUGACAGGUUUGUCUAUUUGCCUGGGGGCAGUGAUAUUUCAUUAUACUGUUGCAUUUAUCCAGAGGUAUGGUUUCCCCUGCUUUCACAUGCCUUUGUUUAUACAAACUAUAGAUAGUCACCUCCUUCUCCUUGGCCAGGCAUUCAUCCAGGGGAUUCCUCCUUUUCCCUAACAAAACAAAUGCUUCUUCUUGACAAAUUCCUGACAUAAAGCAAAGAUUUUCCCCAACCUUUGAAUGAGAAAAGGUUGCUUUUAGUCUCUACAAAAUCUUUAGAGCCACAGGGAGGUAGUGGUACGGCAGAGGGGUAGAAUGUGUCAUAGUAGAAAGAACGCUGAUUUUGGCAUCAGAGGAUCUGGGCUCAAAUCUCAUUGCUGAUGCUUACCGUCUUUGUGAUGGUAGGCAAGUCACUUAACCUCCCUAGGCUUCAGUGUCCUCAUCUGUGAAAGGAAGAGGUUAUACCCAGUGGCCUCUGGACUCCCUUCUACCUCUGAAUCUAUGAAUCUAUGAUGGUCUGUCAGGUCUCUUGGCUAAUCAAGAAGCCCCCUAUUUUCACAGAGGUUUUCAUGGAGGCCAACAUUCCCCCUAGAGUAUAAAAUAAUAAUUUAGCUAAUGAGCUCCUCCUCUCAAAACAUGGGCUGUUUCCCUUCAAAGUUUGUAAGAGACAUUCUUUGCUUAUGACUAUAUUCAGUUUGCUUUAAUUCAGCAACUGUGUUAAGCACCUGCAUGGUACAACAGAACAUUGAGUUCUAAGCAUUAGAAUAAUGGGUUUCAAAUUCCAUUUUGGAUACUUAGCAACCUGUGUAACCCUGGGUAAAUCCCAGUGCUUUACUGAGCCUCAAUUACCUCAUCUGUAAAAUGGGGUAAUAAUCCUCAUACUACCUACCUCUUCAUACUGUGAGGGUGGUGAAAAGUGUUUUAGGAACCCUAACCUGGUAGAGAAAAGGUAGUUAUGAUUAUCAUAAUCAGGACCCUAUGUUCAGUGUUAUGAGGUUGGGCUGUCACAGGGAGACACAAAGAUACAUCAGACAUGGUUCUCAGGGAACUUACAACCUAAUAGGGGAAAUUAGACAAAUACACAAAUAGCCAUGAUGCAGAUAGGAUAUAAUUAUAGCAAAAGAGAAACUAAGCCAAAACAUGGGGAAAUACAGGAGGGAGGGAAAAAUACAGGGGAGGAUAAGUCUCACCUGCAUUUUGUGACCAAGGUUUCCCCUGCUUGGACACUGAGAGUCAGUGAAGAAUCGGAUGGUCCAUCAGUUAGCAUUGGUCAGGAACAACCAGAGGCCACUCCUGUGCUUUGAGGAGAAAUGGCAAGAGGAGGAGGAUCAUUCCCUUUUCUUAGGGACCCCUCUCUCUGAGGGUCCAGACACAUCCUCUGACCUGAGGGGAAAACAUAUGUCUUUUCCUUUUCCUCAGGAAGCCCCCAUUGUGAGGGAUAAGAUGCCAACCCUGCCCGCAGUGAGUCUUCAUUCUCAUGAAAAGACAUGGCCUUUGCCUUUAGGAAGACCCCAGUCUGAAAGGACAAGACAUGGCCUCUGCCUUCUCAGUGGGGAGGGGGGAAAGCUCUUCCUCAAGACCUUUGAGAACACUUAGCCAAGCAACAUAAAAAAAAAAAUAUGUGGAGCUGGGGGUUGACUAUAUACUAUGUGCAAAAUGUAUGAUUAUCUAAAAAACAAAAAGUAACUUACCAAUUUCUACUCACUGUCUCAUUUCACUGUCUACUAUCUCAUUUCCUAAUGAAGUCUCUCUCAGGGUUCCCAAGUAGUCCAGGAGAUGGAUAUCCCAUGUUGCUAAUACUGAAGAAAGUCUUUCUUUAAUCACUCACCUCCUACCUCAGGAAAAUCUCCACUCCUUUUUGCUCCCCCCAUUUAAAAUG